AUGUCUACUCUCAACUCAGAGAAUGCCUCCACACUGGAGAACGCCAUGCAGCUCAUGAUCCAGACGUUCCACAAGUAUUCUGGGAAUGAAGGAGACAAAUACACUCUGAGUAAGGCAGAACUCAAAGAGAUGCUCACACAGGAACUGGGAAGCUACCUUGGGAAUGCACAGGAUAAGGAUGCAGUAGAGAAAGUUAUGGGAGACCUGGAUUCAAACAAUGAUGGUGAGGUGGACUUCACAGAGUUCAUCAUCCUGGUGGGUGCCCUCACCGUCGCCUGUAAUGACUUCUUCCUUGAGUAUCACCAAAACGACGAAAAGAAGGGUGAAAAGAAGUAG